AUGCGCCGCGCCAGCCGAGACUACACCAAGUACCUGCGCGGCUCGGAGGAGAUGGGCGGCGCGGGCGCCCCGCACGAGGGGCCGCUGCACGCCCCGCCGCCGCCCGCGACCCCCGCUGCCGCCGCCGCCUCCCGCUCCACCUUCGUGGCCCUCCUGGGGCUGGGGCUGGGCCAGGUCGUCUGCAGCGUCGCCCUGUUCCUCUACUUCCGAGCGCAGAUGGAUCCUAACAGAAUAUCAGAAGAUGACACUCACUGCAUUAAUAGAAUUUUCAAGCUCCAUGAAAACACGGAUUUGCAAGACACAACUCUGGAGAGUCAAGACUCAAAAUUAAUACCUGAUUCGUGUAAGAGAAUUAAACAGGCUUUUCAAGCAGCUGUGCAGAAGGAAAUGCAACAUAUUGUUAAAUCGCAGCACAUUAGAGCAGAAAAAGCCAUGGUGGAAGGUUCAUGGUUAGAUCUGGACAGAAGGAACAAGCCUGAGAUUCAGCCCUUUGCCCAUCUCACGAUUAAUGCCACUGACAUCCCAUCAGGUUCCCACAAAGUGACUCUGUCCUGCUGGUACCAUGACCGAGGCUGGGCCAAAAUCUCCAACAUGACCUUCAGCAAUGGGAAGCUAAUAGUUAACCAAGACGGCUUCUACUACCUGUACGCCAACAUCUGCUUCCGACAUCAUGAGACUUCGGGAAACCUCAGUGUGAAUUACCUUCAGCUGAUGGUAUAUGUCACCAAAACCAGCAUCAAAAUCCCCAGCUCUCACACUCUGAUGAAAGGAGGGAGCACCAAGUACUGGUCGGGGAAUUCUGAAUUCCAUUUUUACUCCAUAAACGUGGGAGGCUUUUUUAAGCUACGGUCUGGCGAGAAAAUAAGCAUUGAGGUGUCCAACCCUUCACUACUGGAUCCAGAUCAAGAUGCAACGUACUUUGGGGCCUUUAAAGUUCGAGAUAUAGAUUGA